AUGGCUUCAGACUGGAAUUUGAAUGAUGCAUGGUGCCCUGAUGAUGAUGGCAGUGACAAUGAAGAUGUUGCUCAGAAUAUUGAAGGGGACUUAAUGAGCAACCAAAGGGAAGUCAAUCAACAAGAGGAAACUGAGCAACCACAUGGAACUGAGCAACAAGAGGGCAGUGACCAACCACCACAGGCACCACAAGGAAAUGGUCAUCACAAGCGUCGCAGGCUCAGCAGUGAGGACAAGUUUCAAGUCCUUUGUUGGCUUCUUAACAGAGCCAAAGAGGGGAAACUCAAAUAUGGUUCUAUCACAGCAGGGGCAACUGAGUUCAACCUAUCAAAGAGAUGUGUUAGCAACAUUUGGAACACAACAAGGAAGUUCACAGAAGCAUUCAGCAGGUUCAGUGUGGCAACCAGAUUACAUCAAAGUGGAAGGAAGAGGAUCCAGGUAAGUAUCUCAGAUAUCACACAACUCUCCAUGGGACAAAGAUCAUGCAUUAGAGACCUCUCAUCUAUGUUAGGUGUAUCAAAGAGCACUGUACAUAGAAUGAUAAAAAGGGGGUUAAUAAGGCCACAUACUAAUGCUCUUCAUCCAGGAUUAAAAGAUGCAAACAAAGUAACAAGAUUGCAAUGGAUAUUGAAUUUAUUGAUUGGAAACACACCACAAACCAUGAGAAAAUAUUAUCCAAUGUACGAUUUUGUAGUCUUAGAUGAGAAGUGGUUUUAUUUGACAAACAAAACACAAAGAGUUUAUUUAGCACAGAAUGAGAAAGGGAUGUAUAGGGCAGCAAGUUCAAGUAAAUUUAUACCAAAGGUGAUGUUCACUGCUUGUGUGGCAAGACCUAGGUAUAACAGUGCUGGGGAGUGCACUUUUGAUGGAAAAAUUGGUAUAUUUCCAUUCACAUACCAAGAAGCAGCCAAGAGAUCCUCAAAAAACAGAUGUAAGGGCACUAUGGUCACAAAAGUAGUGGAGUCAGUCAAUCAAAAAGUCACAAGAGACAUGUUAAUCAACCAAAUUAUCCCUGCCAUUAAAGCAAAAUGGCCACAAAAUGAGGGGCCAAAAACCAUCUUUAUUCAACAAGACAAUGCUAAGGCUCACAUCACCCAAGACGAUCCACAAUGGCAGCAAGUGUACCAGCAAGAUGAGUUCACUUUUAUUCUGUUACAACAACCUCCUAAUAGUCCAGAUCUCAAUAUAUUGGAUCUUGGAUUUUUUAGGAGUAUACAAUCCUUAAUACAUAAAAAAAUGCCAUGUGAUGUGGACAAAAUGUUGGAGGCAGUACAUGAUGCAUUCCAUGAAUUGGACCCAAAAACACUAAGCAAUGUAUGGUUGACAUUACAAUAUGUCAUGAAUGAAGUACUCAAAUGUGGUGGGGGAAAUGACUAUACUCUUCCACAUGUCAAUAAGAAGAAACUGGAAGCACUAGGGAGGCUAGAAGAACAAGUGAGUGCACCCAUGUGGGCUGUUGAAGAAGCGUGGGAAAAAAUAAGAGGAGGAGCAUCAACAUCGGGGACAGCAGCAGGGGCAUAA